UCCAUAAUGUCACAAAGAAUUAGUCAACACAUCUCAUUUGUACUGUGUGGGUGAAAAGGGAAGUUGAGUUAAGUGCGUGUGUGUGCCCGCAUACAUAUAUAUACAGUAAUCUGAAACACUGGUCAGCAGCAAAAGACUCGAGGAAUCGAUAUGAAGCUCUCAUCUGCUGUGAAAGUUCUGGGAUCUCUGUGUCUGCUGCUCGUAGAUGGAUUUCCAGUUUCUGAAGAUGAAUCUCCAGAGAUAAUUGGACCAGGGUUUGUCCAAAUAAAAACUCAUCCAGGUGCACCGCUGGUGCUUCACUGUGAUGCGUUUGUAAACUGUGAGGACGAUAUGACUCUAAUCUACUGGCUUGUCAAUGACACCUUCCCCGAAGACGCCCCCAGCAGCGACAGGAUAAGAGAAUCUAAUGAAUCCACUCUAGAGGAGGGUGCAAUCCUUCAGAGGAGUUUGCUGUUGAAGAACAUCACAUCCGAGGACCUCAAAUCCACCUUCACAUGCGUUGUGACAAAUGCUGUGGGAGUGGCCCAAAAACACAUUAAAUUAAUAUCAACACGUGAAUGACUGAAGAUAGUAAAUGACAACUGUGUAAAAGAUCUUGAUUUUCUGUCCUCUGCCUUGUGAUAUAAGUCAUGUCUGUCAAGAGUCAACAUUGCAUGUCAGCAUUUUCAUGUAAUACUUUUGUUUGGCAACUUGUGGAUGAACUCUGCUGAAGAGCUGGAUGGUUCAAAACCUAAACUCCAGUUACGCUCAAAGGUAAAGCAAGUAGCUGCUGAAUGCUCUCCUUUAUAUCAAUCUGACAAACAUACAGAGGCGCCAUCUGAUGUAGCAGUGUUGUGGUCCAGUUGUAACUACACUUACCCACCUUACAGUCAUUUAGACGACUGUACCACACAGUGAAUGUGUUGAAUGUUGUGUCAGCAAACUGUUUUCUAUGCCUGUGUACGGUUCCUGUACUUCCUGAAAAAAAAAUAGUGAAAAUUAAAUUUAGAUACUUUUAAAUUAA